AUGCCUAGAGCUAAAAGCCUUUUGCUGCAUCGCCCGAAAUCCAUAACCGCCACCAAGACCCCACGUACUUUAAAGCCACAAAAAGCUAGGAAACUUAUACGCAGAUAUCAUGUAUUGCAAAAACAGCGAGCUACAUUAUUGAGGAGAAUCAUACAAGCUCAACCGGAAAAACUUGGCUUGGAUUCAAGUUCAGAACUUGCAAAGUAUCUCAAAAAGGAGUACCCACAGCAUCUAAAAAUUUAUGUUAUUCACAGGGAAAGAGCUCAAAAAUCUGGGAACUUAACCAAUUCGGUCGAUGAUGAGAACUCAGAUAUCCAUAAAAUAUGUGCUCAAUUAGGCGACAUCGACGGAGAAAUUGCUAGCUUGGGAGGAAUAGAAGCAUACCAGGUUGCAUCUACGCAAGGACAGGACAGUUUACGAGGUGGAGACUCUUCUAAAAAGCUUGUAGAAUGGCUAAAAGCUAAUUAUACCUCCACAAUUUCUGGCUCCAACAUGUUAAAUGCUCUUGAAAUCGGAUGUCUAAGUGCCAAUAAUGCCAUAUCAACCUCCAAGAUUUUUCUGGAAGUCAUCAAGAUCGAUUUGAAUUCGCAAAACCAGUCCAAGAUUCUACAACAGGAUUUCAUGCAAAGACCAAUGCCCAAAAAUGACUCUGAAAAAUUCAAUUUGAUUUCCUGCUCACUCGUUAUCAACUUUGUUCCCUCUCCAAGUCAAAGAGGUGACAUGCUCAAAAGAAUAACCCAAUUUUUGAAACCUCCUAGAAAUGGUAGUAUGAGCACACUUUUCAUGGUUCUACCAUUACCGUGCGUCUCAAACUCUCGCUAUUUUGAUCAUCAGUCUAUGGAUGAGAUUAUGAAUGCUUUAGGAUUCACGAAAACUUGCUACUACGAAGCAAAGAAAAUAGCAUACUGGUUAUACGAUUGGAAUGGAAAUGUCAAACACGACUACACUUUCCACAAAAAAGAGAAGCAUACAGGAACAAAACGGAAUAACUUCUGCAUCACGCUCUAA